AAUCUCAAUGGAAAGAGAGUCUGAGAUCGGUCCUUGACGAGACACUGCACUUUAACGGGCUUCAAAGUUUUUUUUUUUUUCACUCUCUCCUCUCUUUUCUUUCUUUCUUUCUCUUCCAAUCAAGAACAAACCCUAGCUUCUCUCUCUACCUCUCUUUCUCUAUCUUCUUAUCAGUACUCUCUCAUCAUGAACGAUCCUGAUAAUCCCGAUCUGACCAACGACGACUCUGCUUGGAGACAACUCACUUCUCAAGAUUCUGACUUCUUCGACAGAGACACUUCCAAUAUCCUCUCUGACUUCGGAUGGAACCUCCACCACUCCUCCGAUCAUCAACACAGUCUCCGAUUCGACUCCGAUUUAACACCAACCACCGGAGUCAAACCUACCACCGUCACUUCUUCUUGUUCCUCAUCCGCCGCCGUUUCUGUUGCCGUUACAGAGGUUUCGACCUCUAAUAAUAAUAAUCCCUCCGCUACCUCAAGUUCAAGUGAAGAUCUGGCCGAGAACUCAACCGCCUCCGCCGAGAAAACACCACCACCGGAGACACCAGUGAAGGAGAAGAAGAAGGCUCAAAAGCGAAUUCGGCAACCGAGAUUUGCAUUCAUGACCAAGAGUGAUGUGGAUAAUCUUGAAGAUGGAUACCGAUGGCGUAAAUAUGGGCAAAAAGCCGUCAAGAAUAGCCCAUUCCCAAGGAGCUACUAUAGAUGCACAAACAGCAGAUGCACGGUGAAGAAGAGAGUAGAACGUUCAUCCGAAGAUCCAUCGAUAGUGAUCACAACAUACGAAGGACAACAUUGUCAUCAAACCAUUGGAUUCCCUCGUGGCGGAAUCCUCACUUCACACGAUCCUCAUAGCUUCACAUCUCAUCACCAUCUCCCUCCCCCAUUACCAAAUCCUUAUUAUUACCAAGAACUCCUUCAUCAACUUCACAGAGACAAUAAUGCUCCUUCACCGCGGUUACCCAAAUCUACAACUGAAGAUGCACUUGCCGUGUCUAACCCAUCAGAGGAAGGCUUACUUGGUGAUAUUGUACCUCAAACUAUGCGCAAUCCUUAAGGUAAGCUUGGUAACAACAGCUAAGGAGGUGCUAACUCAUUAUAGAAGAGAUUGCAGACCGGUAAAUGCAGGGAGGAUAUAAAACCAAUAUGGCGUUGUAACCAUGGAUCUAUAUAUAACCAUAUAUAUUACUUCAUUAUCAAUGUAUAGCACCUCACCACCGGUACGUUUGCAAUUUCUUCAUGUAUAUGUUUUUAUGUAGUUAUAUAUCCAGAUAUAAUUUUGAUAUAACUUAACAUUAAUCUACUCAAUCGUGAAUCCAUCCCACAUUUAGAUGCAUGUAUGUGCACUUAAGAAAAAGAACGUGGAAGAAAUUUAACGUUGUU